AUGUCAGGUCAGUCAGCUUCAGCGGAAUCACUGUCACCAAAUGCCAAAACAUCAUCAUCUUCCACCUUGGAUGUCAAGCCCACACAGAAACUACUGGAUCAGUUUAUGAAGGACAAGUUCAACCCUUCAGCUCAGGGAUCAUCAUCAUCUUUACUGGGACUGCCGGCCCAUGUUCGGUCGAGAGCAUUAUACAUGAUCAACCAUGACACAUAUGCCAGGAAGCUUCGCAGAGUCAAACGUGUGAUCAAAGAUACAAUAUUUCUGAAUGGAGCCAUCUGUGAUGAGGUUUUGAGGACGGAAGAGAAAUUAGCGAAGGCAAAAGAAGAAAGGAGGUUUCUGCUGCGAAAGCUGCUACAGUAUCAGUCACUGACUGAACCCAGUCUGACUUCUGUAAAAGCUGAGGCUCAGACUCCUGUGUCGAGGCUGACCAAAGGUGCAGUUCCAGGAGGGAUGUCUUAUGAUACCCCACCCAGUGACGCAGGAGGUAAACCUAAGGCGGUUAAGCGAAAAGUGCCAUCAUCAUCUAGUGCCAAUUUGACACCCCAGCAUCCCUCGUCAGCCAGCCUCCUGUCAUCUGCCAUGGGUUUGGCCGGUUCUGGUGAAGUGAAAAAGAAACAAGGAGAACCUCACGUGAGGCCAAAGAAGGGCAAGGGAGCUGGCAAGAAAGUGAUACCACCCCUGAUGCUAGACUCUCUCGGGCGACCCAUUUUCCCCAUGGUUUUGGGAGACAUCACACUUCACAGUAUUGGAGAGAUUGUUCCAGACCGUCUUAGCUUCCACUGCCCUGAGUCCAUCUAUCCCGUGGGAUACUGCAUCACUCGAGUGUUUUCCAGUCUUCAGAAACUCGAUUCAAAAUGCUUGUACACCUGCAAGAUCUCCGACAACGACGACGGACCAAUUUUUGAAAUUGCUGCAGAAGACAGCUCGGACAUUGUGUUCAAAUCCGACUCGCCCAUUGAGUGUCACAAUCUGCUGAUUAGAGCUAUCAAUAAGUCAAGGGGUGGAAGUUUGUUGCCGGUUGAUGGCCACGGCUUGGAUUUCUUCGGCUUGUCACAUCCGGUGGUCCAGAACUUGAUCCAGUCUUGUCCGGGCUCUCGCAAAUGUUCUCGUUAUAAGUGGGUCAAGUUUGAGAUAAACAAACAGGAGACCAAUGAAAACGUUGGCGUAGGGCUCAGAGAUCCUACUGUUAGCUACGAAGCUUUCAAAUCUCAUUUGUUAGCUACUGGUCUGAAGCAAGCCAACAUGUCUGCACAAAUGGAGCAGCCCAGCAACCUACGGUCCCUGCUGACUAAAGGGAGCUCACUGCUGUUGUAG